AUGCCUUCAUCCACUAAAGCCCGUCGUAGGUUUUGGGAAAAAUCACAUCUUGCUAAGAUUAUGUGCAAACUACUUUGCUCAACGUCGUCUCCGUCAGCCACGGUUCUCAAAGUCUUCCAGACACCGGAUGUAGGAUUGAACAAAAUGAAAUCAGAUUACUUACAAAUAUCAGUGCACAUCAGGUGCUCGACAAAAUGUGUCAAAGAAUGUUCAAAGCUUUUUUGUCAAAGAUGUUCGAAGCUUCUUUUGUCAUGGAUAUCUAUUGAACCUCAUUGCAAAGUGAUAUCAGUCUAUGAAAAAUGAUGUGUUUACCCAAACCUUUAAUGAUUAGUCGUUCUAAGUUUUAGUUUCAAGCCAAUAUUGUGAUUACUUGAAUAUAACAUGUUUCAGUUGAUAUUGUUGAAUACAUGAUGGUUCUAGGUGAUCAUAUGAGAGAGACACUUCAACAAGUCCAAGAUGUUGUUCAUAUUACAUGUAUAAUCAUAAGAGAAUAUCGUGCUUUAUAUGGAAUUGGUCAUAGUUACAAGCAUUGUAAGCAAACAUCUAGAUUAUUUACAUGUUUUCAUUUGGAAAAUUUCCAUUAUAAGUUAUCCUUGAUGUUUUUAUUGAAGGUUUGGGUGUUUUAUUUUGGAAGUUACUGUUUGAUUAUUUAACUUUACACACUAAAAUCUAACGUUUCUUGGUUCUAUAUGUAAUGUUACAGGAAGAUAUGUUCUUUAUCUAAGGGACCUCUAGAUUUUAUUCUGAACUAAAGUCCGUGAGUGUUCUACGCAUUCAUGUGUGGACUGAAUCGCACAUUUGGUUACUUCUCGAUCACAAUUUUAAUCUAAAUGCUUAACUGGAUGUAUGAUCAUACGAUCACAUUAUCUACUGAACAAUUUCAAUUUUGUAAUGAAAAACACCCACAAUGUGCAUUUUUUAUUUUUACUUAAUUUUGAUCUUUCACUUUUGUGAUUUCUAUAGGGAUUGUGGGAAACAAGUUUAUUUAGAAUUCUCUGUGCUUGAUUUUGUAGGUGGAUUCAACAUUGCACAUGUUGCUGCAAGGGCAUAUGAUCAAGCUGCCAUUAGAUUCCCAUGAUUAAAUGUUGAUAUCAAUUAUAACAUAAACGAUUACCAUGAACAUCUUAAACAGAUCAAAAACUUAACAAAGGAAGAGUUCGUUCAUGUUCUUCGUCUUCAAAGCACUAGAUUCUCUAUAGGAAGCUCAAAGUAUAAAGGCGUUGCCCUACACAAAUGUGGUCGAUGGGAAGCUCGAAUGGAAUGGUUUCUCGUGAACAAGUACAUCUACCUUGGAUUAUUCGAGAAGCUGCAAGGUUCAUUUGUAUCUUGAUCUUAUUUCUCCUUUUUUUUCAAUUUUAUUAUUCUAAAUUCCAUUGAAAUACUCUAUUCUUCCUGUUUCUUCAUGGGUUUUUUUCUUAUGGAUAUAGGAUUUAUGAUAUUAAUGGCGUUUUGUAGCCAAUGAUUUGUUAUAGUGUU